UGUGUCUUCACUUCAUCCUAGCUGUACCCAAAAUGACGCUGCUGUUUAUCAGAUCUCUGCUAAAAACUGUUUUGGGAUGAUCUGCUGCUCGGCUUCCAUUGAAGUGGAGUGCCCGUCAGAGAAUCAACAACUCUCUCCUAACCCGAAAGAUGGCAGGGACGCAGGUUGCAAACAUGAAACAGAGACAAAUGAUCAGGAAGGCACACAUCAGAUUGAUGAGAAAGAGCAUCCUUAUAAGGAAGAAGAAAGUAUUGCCUCGGGUCCUCCCACGUCAGCUGACUCCCCCUCCUCCAAAUUCAACGGUGCACGCGCAUUCCACCUAUUGGCCGAUAAUGACCUUGGUGCAUCCAAUUCUGAAAAUCCCUUGGAUGUUAAAGACACAAGGCAAACUGAAGAGGCUUGUGAUCCGGAUAACAGAGAGGAAAUUUCAGAUGGGUUGCUUUGUCCUGAUUCAAGUGAUAUUCCCAAAAAACAAGAUGUGUGUGGUCACGGGACAGUGCAUUCCGAAGUAUCAAGGUUAAUGGAUGGUGCCUUAGACAACGAUGGCCCCAAUGAGGAAGUCUUAAACUCUAGUCACCAAAAUCCCAAAGUACAGAAAUACAUCUGCUUGAGCCUACCACUGACGGAGGCAGCCUCAUCCACUUCCCCAGGUGACAGGGCCACGAGCAACAAGCCAGUCAGCCCCCCGGCUUCCAGCAUAGACUCUGACAGUGAUUAUGAACUUUGCCCAGAGAUAACCCUAACCUACACCGAGGAGUUUUCAGAUGAUGACCUGGAGUAUCUGGAAUGUUCCGACGUUAUGACGGAUUACUCUAAUGCAGUUUGGCAAAGGAACCUGCAGGGAACGGAGCAUGUUUUUUUAUUAGAAAGCGAUGACAAAGAGAUGGAAUUCAGUGAGUGUUGCCUGGGUGGGUGUGAGCGUGUCCUCAGUGAAAUGGGUUGUGGGCCUCCGGUGUCGGAUGACACUGGGCCUAUGGAUGCCACCCCUGGCCUCUGUGGUUAUCACUCACCACCCCAAGAAGUGGGGGUGAGGAGCAGCCGCGCCUCCGCGCACGGUGCCUCAACCCCGCAAACGGGGGUCACUCUGCCUCUGGGACGGCACCAGGAUGGAACAUCGAUGGUGACACACCAGGGGGGAUGUAAACCACCCACGGCUUCGGAGGCUGCUGAGGAUGGUUAUCCAGGAAUUCAGGGAGAAACCAGAGCCAGCCACCAGUCAGGAAAGGAAUUCGCCAGUGACAAUCUGCUAAACAUGGAUAAAGCAGUGACAGAGAGAGAGAGGAAGCACUUGUCUGGUGAGUUAGGGAAAUCAGGGAUGAACCAGUGUUUGGAGGCUGCAGCUGAGAAGAGAGUAGGGGGGAAAGACUUAUUGAGCCGGAGGGGCUCAGAGAAACCUGCCAGGGUGAGGCGACUGGGAAUUAAGGGAAAAGCCAAGAAGCUGAACCCCAACCUGGAAGAAAGGGCAACAGAAGCCUCCCUGAAUUGCCUGUAUCCCAAAGGACCUGUUAAGCACCCACUAACCCCAAGGGAUAAAAGAGAGAGUUCCCAAGCCAAAGGAGAAGCGACUGAUCUGAAUUCCCAUCUCCGUGCAGGAGGCUGUGCUAUUUCAACCCAAGUAGACCAAGAAGCAAAAAUCCUGCAGACUCCACCGGGCUCACUCCCCAAAGAAGGGAACUUGGACUUACAGGGAGAAGGGGUGUGGGUUAAAAACGUACUUGAGACAAGCAAGGUUCCAGACUGGAGUGACCAUCCUCAGGUACAGAUUCAGGAAACAGUCAGGGAGCAAAUCUCUCUCAGCCAGACGCCAGCUUUCUCAGAGUCUCCUGGGGAGGUGUCUGCCUUUACUGGGACCACAACAGAGUCCUUCCCCCACUCAGGAGGGAUCCACAAGGAAAAUGCAUCACUGGCCCAAUACCUGGAGGUAGAAGGCUGUACCCAAGGCCCACGGCAUGAAAACCAGGAUGGAGAAGACAACACACCUGGACAUCCCUGGGCAGACCUAGGGCAUGAGCUGAGCAUCCCAGGAGCCAGGAGUGAACACAUGUCCCUCUGUGGGCUGUCAGCGCACCUCCCCCAGGAGAACAGCACUGAUCCUGGGGAGCCCCGGGCUCCCUCUGUUGCUUCCCUUGAAGUCACACAUACCGUCCCCACCCUGGAAACUGUGUGCGCUGGGCCAAGGGACAGAGUAACAGCGAGUGUACGAGACUGUCUUGAAGCAGGUGACCAAGAAACAUGUGAUACCGUGGGCUCUCCUGUUGGAGCCCCAGUUGGUAAAGAUUUGCCUCAAGAAAUGUGCUCCAUGGACUUAGAGCUGGCAGGUCAAAGCAAAGUAUCUGAUUUAUGCUCUCCCGAUGGCAAGACACCGGACGUUCUUUUUCAAACACGAGGUUCUGAGCCUCUGCAGUCUACAUACGGAAGCAGCAAUGAGAGACCCUCUGCCGUGUUCCCUCUUUUUAUCAGUACUUUCACCUGGAACACUUCCAAAAAAGCCAGUAAAGUUGCCACCAGGGAAAAUCUAGCUCAGGUGAAUUCCACCUCCGCGUUGGCCUCUGUAGUACAGGCUGGUCAGGAGGGGCUGUGCCCCAGCUACCCAAGAGGGCUCGAGGAAAGACUGCCUCUAUCUUCUGAGAGUGACUCUUUCGAGUGGUCUAAAGAAGGCAGUGACGAGAGUUCCAGCACCAGUGCCCCGGAUACUGCAGAUGCACUGGCCAGUCAUGGUUCAACAGCAGAGUUUCCUCGGGAGAAGCCAACAACAUUUGCUUCUGUUCUUGAGUGUUUUGAGGUGACCAGGGAGAGUAGGGACACAUCCACUGUUACCGCUGCCACCAGAGGCCACCCACCCAAAUACCUCCAUGUCUCAAUUGCUGGGAACAGCUGUGCGGGUGGCCCUGAGGAGGACCAAUCUCGGGCACCAGAUGAAAAUAUUUCUCAACUUCCUUCCAGGGCACAGUUGGGUCAUAUUUUAAAGGGUUCCACAACUGAAUCUUCAAAAGAGCUAGCUUCAAAAGUGCCUCCCAGUGGACCAGGAAUCUAUAUCCACGUUCCUCGGCUCCCAGAGGGAGAGGGUUUCUGUAGCAAUUCCCCUCUUCAGAUUUAUAACCAGUCUGGAAAGAAGAGCCAGACCAUAGACAGAGCAGACACGAGGAGCCUUGAAGAGAAUUUCCAAGAAAAAGGAAGUGAAACAACACAGAGGCUCCAGCAGGGUUCUCCUGACGAUAAUUUCCAAGAACGUUUGCCCACGAUAUCUGUUGUACAAGGGGAAAUAAACCUGGUGACCUUGGACCACUCAUCAGGCAACUCCAGGGAGGAAAGAGGACAGAGCUCGGGCUUGGGGACUCGUGUGUCUGUGAUGGCUGAAUCUACAGUGAACGAGGACAGUCAGGCUCUGAGCAACAUUCCCCCUCUCUCUAAUAUCCUUCUGCAGGAGCCUAAAGAGAGCAGUUCUGGAUAUUGGGAAGCAGGUAAAAAGCUGAAGAUUAUAACCCUAGAGGCUUCCAUUUCAGAACCCUGGCCACCGAGACAACUGACAGAUUCUAAGUGCAAGGAGUCCGAAGCUGGUCUCAUCCCUGACAAGGUCUGGGCUUCAUCUGAUGUUCUAAAGGCAGAUGCAGCCGUGUCUGAACUGGACCCCUCUGAGGCAUCAGCCUGCAGUCCUCAGGCUGAGUCUGGCUCAGCGAUUGCUAAUGACAGAGAAAUCAAAUGUGAAGACCAAGCUGGCCGCGCAAAUUGGAGCUGUCUUUCCUCCCAGUAUUUGAGCCAACCCAGACUCCUGGAGUCAUCUGUGGACCCUGUCGAUGAAAAGGAAUUACAUGUCACAGACUUGCUAUCAGAGGCUUCCAGAACUGGAAGGAAAGAAUGUGUUAACAGUGUGAGUCAAAAACAAGAGGAAAGCCAACUCAAGGUGGAGAGCCCUGCCUUCUUCAAACAGUUCCUGACCAGCCCUAAAAUCUUAGCGUCCUCUGUAGAUCCCGUUGAUGACAUGAGUGUGGAGUGGGCCAGGGUAGAAAUACCAGAGCCUUCUGAAUCCACACUGGGGGCCAUCAGAGUGGAGAGUAAACUGGCUGAUGGAAACUUGAGCCAGAGAGUGGAAGUCCAACCUGCCAUCUUGCAAGUUCCGUGCCCCGAGCAAAGUGGAGAAACCAUUCCACGUGAAAACAGCAUCAACCGAAACCAAGGGGACAGGGGGAGGGGGGAGGCAGGACAAAGUCAACAUGGCAAAGCAAAGAGGGACAUGCAGUCUGCCAUCUUGCCAGUCCCGGGUCCUGUCGAAGGUGGAGAAACGAUUCCAAGGGGAUGCAGCAGAAGCCAAAUACAAGAAGGCAGUGAGAGGCGCUUAGAGGAGCCUGAACAAAGGGAAAACAGCAAAGCAGAAUUCGUUUCCCCCACUUUACCUCUUUCUGGCGGUGCAGGAAUGACUCUCGCGUCUAUUGGAGUUGAUACUCACAACUCCACAAGUCAAAGUCAUGACCUCCCUGAGAAUGAUUUAGUAGAGUCCAGAAACCAUCAACACGCAUCUUCUGACUCAAAGGAAAAGGGAGCUAUUGAGAGUGAGUGUGGGAAACAUGUGCCGCCUUCUAGUGGUCUCACUCGGGGGCCUUUUACUUCAUCUCUUGAAGGAAGCAUCACAGGCUUUUUAAGAAGCCACAAAAUUGAGGAACAUAAAAUAGAGGCGCCCCCAGUUGGGGAAACCAAACCCACAAGCACAUCUGUCUCCCCGGCAGUGACACUGGCGUUCGUUUCCGGAGAACGUGCGUCAGAGAAAGUUCCUAAGAUGCUACAGGACCCCUGCCAGCGGGGCUCCAUCCUGGGUCAUGGGAAAAAGUCAAGGGAGGAGAAGGUUGGUCCCAUGGCGGCCCAAGCUGCCUGCCUCCCCGGGGCUCCUCCAGCAGUGACCGGGUCAGAGGAGGUCAAGGAGAAACAAGAAACCCCAGGAAGUGGACACUUAACUGAAGGAGUAAAGAAGAAAAUUCUGUCCAGGGUGGCUGCCCUGAGGCUGAGAUUGGAAGAGAAAGAGAACAUCAGGAAGAACUCAAUCUUUCUUAAAAAGAGUCCUAGACUCGAAACAUCGGUAUCAUGCACAGAUGAGAAAAAAGACCCCCAAAGGCCACCUUGCAAAAGCGAAGGAAGAGCUCCGGUAUUACUGAGAAAGAUCCAGGCCAAGAUGUUCCCUGACCACUCUGGAAAUGUAAAAUUAAGCUGCCAGUUUGCAGAGGUUGACGAAGAUUCUACUAUCUGGUGGAUGAAAGACUCAAAGUCGAUAAUCCAAGUGCAGAGAAGAGCAGGAGACACCUCCACUGUGUCCUUGGCCAUCGUUCAAGCCGGUCAGAAGGACCAGGGCCUCUAUUCUUGCUGCAUCAAGAACAGUUACGGGAAAGUGACUACUGAAUUUAACCUCACCGCCGAAGUUCUCAAACAACUUUCAAGUCACCCAGAUGUUAAAGUAUAUGAAGAGAUUGAAUUCAGCCAACUCAUCUUCAGAGAAGACUUCCUCAAUGACAGCUAUUUCGGGGGCCGCCUGCGCGGUCAGAUUGCCACGGAGGAGCUGCACUUUGGGGAAGGGGUCCACCGGAAAGCCUUCCGCAGCAAAGUGAUGCAGGGCCUCACUCCAGUCUUCAAGCCCGGCCACGCCUGUGUGCUCAAGGUGCACAAUGCCAUUGCGUAUGGGACCAGAAACAACGAUGAGCUCAUCCAGAGGAACUACAAACUUGCCGCCCAGGAGUGCUAUGUUCAGAAUACCGCCAGAUACUACGCCAAGAUCUACGCUGCUGAAGCACAGCCUCUGGAGGGCUUCGGAGAAGUGCCAGAGAUCAUUCCUAUUUUUCUCAUCCAUCGACCUGAGAACAAUAUCCCAUAUGCAACAGUGGAGGAAGAGCUGAUUGGAGAAUUUGUGAAGUAUUCCAUCAGGGAUGGGAAGGAGAUAAACUUCUUAAGAAGAGAAUCGGAGGCUGGUCAGAAAUGUUGCACCUUCCAGCACUGGGUCUACCAGAAAACAAGUGGCUGCCUCCUGGUCACAGACAUGCAGGGUGUAGGAAUGAAGUUAACUGACGUUGGCAUAGCAACAUUGGCUAAAGGGUACAAAGGAUUUAAAGGCAACUGUUCCAUGACCUUCAUUGAUCAGUUUAAAGCGCUACAUCAGUGUAACAAGUACUGUAAAAUGCUGGGGCUGAAGUCUCUUCAAAACAACAGCCAGAAACAGAAGAAACCAAGCCUCGGGAAAAGCAAAAUGCAGCCAAACUCCACAACUGUGAAGAAGAUGGCAUCUGGGACCCCAGCAGAAAAGAAGACCUAACAUCUCCUGUUAACUAACGGUCACCGGCUGGCAGCACACAGCCUUGUGAGCAGAAAUCUGAAAACACCCUGGAGGGAAUGUGUAGCCUGCAGAGAGCAGUGUGACAAUCCUUAUUCCCAGCUGCCUGAGCUCCGAGCUGCUUCCAGAACCGCCACCUGCUGUCUUCACUGAGAUGAUUUCAGAGAGGAUUUGUGACCAGACUUAUGGAGAGAUGGAAUCCAUUGUCAGUCUCAAAGAAGUCCAUCUUUGUCUACACCUUUAGCCUUUGUACCGACCUCACAUUGUGUGUCUGUUUGUGUAUUUGCACUUGGUUGUCUUGUCACAGACGUGGUCCUGGGCAGGGUCUGUCCACAACCCCAAUCUUCCCCACCCCCCUUCCUAACCUUGGAAUUUCUAGACACAUCCAGAUGCUAUACCAACAGAAAAGGUGAAUUCCGUCCAUCACUGGGUCAAGCUGUGGCACAAGAGUGGAUUAUGCUAUAGUGGCUGGAGGGGGGCUUCCGAAACGUCAGGCCAUGUCCCAUCAUUACUCACAUAUCUGGUUAUAAUGUUCUGUUUAAUUAAAUUCAUCUUUAGACAAAGAGUGUGAGAUACCUGUGUUAGCACAGACACUUGUUCUUUAGAAUUUGUGCCCAAGUUCACAUUUCCCCAGGAUUAGUAAUUUAGUAAUUUCCCGGUACAUCUACUGGAGCACAGAAUAACUGCAUCUGUGUCUUUUCCCCAUUCUUAUAAACACUACUUCUGGUUUGAUCCACUUUCUACUUUGCUUUCUAAAUCCAAGCUCCCUAAACCCAGGGCUGCCCCUUGCAGGAUUGCUCUGGAAGAUGUGUACAAAUCCUGGCUGGACACACAAGCUCACAGGGUCCCAGCCCCUCCCAUGCAUUCCACAGGGGCCUCCUUCCUACCAGUCUGGGUCCUGCCCAGCUGUGGGGCAGAAUGGCCACAGCAGUUCACAUUGGGCAAGAGGAACCACUGUAAAGACAGCUCAGGGACUCUUCCAUGCACCCCAAACUGUGAGAACGUCUCAAGCCCCAGCGUCGUGCUGUUGUUAUUGUCUGAUUAAUAGACUCUUUCUUAGAGCAGUUUUAGGUGUACCAGAAAAUGAGUGGGAAGUACAGAGAGUUCCCACAUGACCCCGUAACCCCCAUUCCCUGUUUCCCCUAUUAUUAGCAUCUUAGGUUGGUGUGAUAGGUCUGUUAUAACUGAGGAGCCAAUAUUGAUACAUUGUGAUUUAUUAAAGGCCGUAGUUUACACUGCAGUCCACUCUUUGUGCUCACACUCUUCGGGCUUUGACCC